GCCUUUCCCAGAACCUCCGCGGGACCGACGGCUGCUCCUCUCCUGUUAUACCUCGGUGUCGCGUGUCCUGGCGCGCGUCUCCGGCUCGGGUCGCGCCCCCGGGAGGACGGUGGGAGGUCGGCGACAACGGCGCCUGAGGUGCUGUUUAUGUGUUAAAAGCAGGUUUUAAGGAAUGGUUUUAUCAGAUUUUCAUGAGUUAUGGUGGCUGAAACAUCAAUUCUGUCUUGUGGGAAAAGAAUUAAAUGGCAGCACAAAAGGAAAUCUGUAUCAAUAGAAUAUUUUAUUAAACGAAGGAAAUUAAACAAGAACUGCAAACAAACAGACUCAACAAACAAGGAAGGAAACGUAUUAGCCAUAAGAUAUGUUUCAAAUGAGGCAAAACCCAGUAACUGUAGACUUCAGAAGAAAAAAGUUUUUAACAAUUUUGUCAAAAUAGUCAGGUCGGUGAUAAUUAACUCCAGCAAUAGGGCUAGGCCUGAAACUAACAUUAAUUAAAAGUUAGCAAAACAGAUUGAAUGUGAAUUAAGUUUUUCAUUAAAAAACUUCUAAAAAAUCAAAUUAGAAUUAAAUUUUCUUCAAAUUUCUGUUGCCUUGCUAAGAAAAGCAACUAUCGUUCAGUAUUCGUGCCCGCUUUUUUCAUGUUCUAGUUAUGACAGAAACCUUAUUUGAAGCAAACUAGUAUUUUUGCUGAAAAUGUAUGUCAGCAUCAGUUAAAGUUUAUUUUUAAGACCUAUUCCUCAGUAAUUAUACUGGAUACUCAGCAUUUGCACACAGCAGGACGCAAAAGUCCUCUUAAAAACUACUCAGAACAGGAAGACAGUUUUUGGGAGUGAUGUCCAUUCCAGAGAAAUCAAAAGAAAAUUCCUCUGGCGUUGUUAAAGAAAGUGAAGAUAAGAAUUCAGAAAUAGAAAUUCAAGGUUCUCAAAACAGUCCAAUCAAAAAAUCAGAUUCAAAGGAAGCUGUGAAGUCAUUGGUUAAGUCUUCCAGUGAAAGUAACAUAAAUCAGCCUGAAUUGGGAACACGCAUGAGUACAAGGUCAUCAAAGGCAUCUUCCAAUGAUAAAAAAGCUACUAAAUCUAUUUGUAAAAAUAUGGUAACUGUGAAAGGACAUUCACAACAAGAAUCAAUAAAAAGAAAAUUAUGUCAGAAAAAAUUAGAUGAAACCCCUAAAGCAAAUGAGCAGCUUAACCGGAGAUCACAAAGACUACAACAGUUAACAGAAUGCUCAACAAGGUCUUUGCGCAGUAGAGACAUUCAGCGUCAAGUUCAAGCAGUUAAACAGAGUUUGCCACCAACCAGAAAAGAGCAUUGUAACAGUAUUCAAAGUAAAUCUAAUAAAACAAGUAAAAAACAUGUGAAAAGAAAAGUACUAGAAAUAAAGUCUCAUUCUAAAGAGGAUGAAAAUUCAGUCAUUAAUGAAGUAAUAAAUUCUCCGAAAGGAAAAAAACGCAAAGUAGAGGAUCACACAGCUAACACUUGUAGUUCUCAGUCCAUACAAGGGCCUGAAAAAUGUCUUCAGAAAACUACUAGAAAAGAAGAAACAAAACCAGUGCCUGUCAAUUCUGAGAUAAAAAGAUCAAAAGUGGCUACUUCAGUGGUUUCUAAAAAGGAUGAGUUGAAGAAGUCAUUUUAUACACAAGUGAAUACUAGCACAAAAUCCCAAAAAAGUCCACUGCCUUCAGUGCCUGAACAAAGUGUUGAGGAGUUGGAGCAAGCAGGAAAGAGCAAAAGAGGUAGUAUUCUCCAGCUCUGUGAAGAAAUUGCUGGUGAAAUUGAGUCGGAUACUGUAGAGGUGAAAAAAGAAUCUUCCCAAAUAGAAAGUGCAAAGGAAGAGAUACCCACAGAAAUAAAAUUGGAAGAGGCAGAUGUUGACAGACAAAUACUUCAUCAGAAGGAAACAGGUCAGGAUGUGCAAUGUAAUCGCUUCUUCCCCAGCAGAAAAACAAAGCCCAUGAAGUGUAUACUAAAUGGAAUAAACAGCUCAACUAAGAAGAACUCCAACUGGACUAAAAUUAAACUCUCAAAAUUUAACUCUGUGCAGCAAAAUAAGUCGGACUCUCAAGUUCACCCUAAAUUGGGCUUACUACGAACUGGUUUUUCACCACCAGUUUUAGAAAUACAUCAUCCAGUGACUCAGAAUACAUUUUUAGGGACAAAACAACAUGAUACAAAUGUAACUUGCCAACAGGAAAAAAUGAAAGAAAUUACAUCUGAAGAAGUUAAAAUUAAUGAUGUUAGAGUUGAAAUUACUAAAACCACAAAAAGGGCACCUGAAAAUUGUCAUUUGGAUAAUCUGAUAAAUCCUUCUCCUGACCUACCAUUGGAUAAUCAGAGGAAACCUACCUUUGACUCAACACCAGAUAAGAAUUUCAGCUUAUGUUUGGAAUCCAAGCUGGAAAACAAUCUAGUAGAAAACACCACUGCUGUUUCAACUCCGCUCAGUCAAACAAAAAUUGAUACAGGAGAAAGUAAAUUUUCAGGUUCAAUUCCCAAACAGCACAGUAUACUCAAUAACCAAACAUCUAAGGAGAGUGAUAACAGGGAAAAUCAUUCUUGGCUUAAAUGUAGUUCCCAUUUGGAGAUAACAAUUCCAAAAGAUUUGAAACUAAAAGAAGCAGAGAAAUCUGAUGAAAAACAGUUAGUCAUAGAUGCUGGACAAAAAAGACUUGGAGCAGUGUCCUGUAAUGUUUGUGGGAUGCUCUACACAGCUUCAAAUCCAGAAGAUGAGACCCAGCACCUGCUUUUUCACAACCAGUUUAUAAGUGCUGUCAAGUACGUGGGCUGGAAAAAAGAGAGGAUUCUGGCUGAAUACCCUGAUGGCAGGAUAAUAAUGGUUCUUCCUGAAGACCCUAAGUAUGCUCUGAAGAAGGUUGACGAGAUUAGAGAGAUGGUUGAUAAUGAUUUAGGUUUCCAGCAGGCUCCGCUAAUGUGCUAUUCCAGAACUAAAACCCUUCUCUUUAUUUCUAAUGACAAAAAAGUAGUUGGCUGCUUAAUUGCAGAACAUAUCCAAUGGGGCUACAGAGUCAUAGAAGAGAAACUUCCCGUUAUUGGGUCAGAAGAAGAAAAAGUCAGAUUUGAAAGGCAAAAAGCUUGGUGCUGCUCAACAUUACCAGAGCCUGCAAUAUGUGGGAUCAGCCGGAUAUGGGUGUUCAGCAUGAUGCGCCGCCAAAAGAUAGCAUCUCGCAUGAUCGAAUGCCUGAGGAGUAACUUUAUAUAUGGCUCAUAUUUGAAUAAAGAAGAAAUUGCUUUCUCAGAUCCCACUCCUGAUGGAAAACUGUUUGCAACACAGUACUGUGGCACGGGGCAGUUUCUGGUAUAUAACUUUAUUAAUGGACAGAAUACCACCUAAAAAAUCUUGCCUACAGUACUAGAAGACAUCUAUUGAAGAGAAUGGAUUGGUUGCUGACUUUAACCAGGAACUAGGGCCAUUUUUAUUACAAUGAACUCAGGACUGGCAACAACCAUGUGGUUGUUCCAUUUUCAUAAAAUUGGAAACAAUGCAGUAAUAGCUUAUUGUUUUGUUUUUUAAAGAAGAUAUUUUAUUAUCUUUUACAGAAAUUUAUGAUUGAUGUAUUUUAUCUAUAGUUAGACAUGUUUACAUGCAGCAGAUAAUUUGUUCAUAGUGGACUGAAAACUAAUGCAAGGACUACGGUCUCAGUGAUAAGUAUAUUUUGAAGUUCUUAAUAUGGAAAUAUACCAGUGUAGCUUGGUACUGUAUUUUUUAUAUUGAUCUGCUGAUACCAGUUAUAGGUUUAAAGAUUGUAUUUUCGCAGAGUGGAAACCAAUGUUUUUGAGUUACUUUUGAAGGAUGUUGCAGUAUUAUGUGUUUAGGAAUUGGAAGCUAAUUCUUAAAAGGCCUGAAGUAUACUUUGAAGAAACCCCUACAGAAAAGGAAAGCUGUAAGCGCAGGAGAAUUUGGAAUAGUUAGCUUUUUCUUCCAUUUCUCUGUCCUACCCUUGAUGGUAGGAAGGUGGGGAAGGGGAUGAAGAACUGAGGCUUUCCUUCAUGGAGAGCUACAGAUGACUAGGACUAUAAAGGGUGCCCUCUGAGUUCAUAGUUUUAUUCUGGUUUCAGUUUUUAAUUUUUGUUUUUAAAUAAAUGACAGCUUGGCACAACUGGAUUAUGAACAAAUCUCAAAGAGGAUUCUAAAACUAUGGAAUAGCUGCAAACUAAAUGUGGAUGACUUGGUAUCUGCUUGUUACUCCUCAGAAAUACUGCACUGUGUGUAUGCCCUCAUUAUGGGACUUCAUUUUGAUACUUGUCUGUCCUUCCUAGUGCCCUCUGCUUUUAAAGGGUUUAUAUACUGAAAAACUGCUGUGGCCUUUUAUGACCUGUAUAUAAAGUAGAAUAAAAUAAUAAAAUACUUGAUAGCUUUUUCUAAGUGAUAAAUGUAUUAAGAUAAAGUUGUAUUGUCAUUUGUGCUUUUUCAGGGCUUUACUUAAGUUUGAGACCUUGAAAUAUGCUUAAAAUAUUGGCUUCUUAAAGGUAAUUUUCACCAGUUUGCCAAAGGAUCAUUAUGUCAGCAGAAUUUAAUCUGCAGUUGGCAGAAUCUUUUGUGAUUAUUUUAGUAACGUGGUACUUUUCCAGUCUGAGAGAAAUAAAGGGCAAAGCCCACGCAUGAGAAAUGA